CAUCAUUUGAUGUUCCACUAUAUUUUCUGAGUUGUGACAUGAACUUUAUUACCACCUGCUCAUAGAACCUGCAAAUUCAGGAACUGAUUGUAGACUUUGCGCUGAGAGUAGAAAUGCUUCUGAAACGUCUUAGUACAAUGACCUAUUUCUCAGGAAAAUAGUAAAUUGUGCUUUGCGCCACUUCAUGAAUGUAAUGUAUAUCAUUGCAUGCUGCCUACAGUUUCACAGGCAGUAUUUGGUGUAAACUGUUCAGUAUGCAGUAAGCUGUACGAACGUAUUCCAGUCGAUUCCAAAGAAAGCCAUACAGACCUUUACAGUUUAUACUGCUACUAUUAGUUGUAUUCCAUUUGUCUUUAAUGGUAUCAGCCAUUUGUAAAAUGCUCUCUGUGGUGGAACUGUUAAAUAACUGUUCAACUCUUAACCAUCUCUUAUGUAAACUCUUUUCCAUUAUAGAUUUAGCAGGGUUUAUGUGAACAAGGUUUAAGCCCUUUAGUGUGAGUAUGCAGUGCCUCUGUGCUGAUGUGAAGAAUACAUCACUCUUGAACUUUCUCAGUCUGCUAGUUGUUCCCACCCAGUGUUGCAGAAGUAAUGAUAGGAGGGAUGGAAUGCCUUAUUCUCUUCUGUUGUUCUUUCGGGUGCCACUACACCAUGUUAGUUCAUUCAACUAUUUUACUGUGCUUUCUCAACUCAUCAGCAUAGAGGCAAUACCUAAAAUCAAGAGUCUCAAGUCAGAUGAAGAUCCUGGAAGCAACAAAGAGUCAACACACCACUAUUUUGUGGCACAAGGCCAGUUGAAGCUCUGGACUCAAGAUGGCACAGAAAGUCCACAGCGCUCCCUCGAUCCUCAGCUGAAAGUCACAGACGGACAGGUGAGGGCAGUGUGGGAGGAGCUGGGGGUUGGAGCCGGAGGAUCAUUAAACCGUGAGGAGUUGUCACUUGUUUGUGACCACAUCGGCCUCAAGGACUUACAAUCAGAGGAGUUAGAUAGUCUCUUCAGGAAACUGGACAAAGAUCAGGACGGGAGAUUAAGUCUCAGUGAGUUACAGAGCGGUUUGUUCAGACCACACUUUCAUGCUGCACCCCUCUCUACCUCCACCCCAACCCAACCCAAACCUCAGCGGUCCAUCUGCAAGGCCCUUGAGGAGCGUGUGGUACGUUCCACCUCCCCUUCGUUUCUCUCAGCUACUGUGGGUCAGAGGCUGUUGACCCGGCUGGAUGAUGGAUCGGGAUGCACAUUCCCAGAGACAGUCAUCACCCUCUGGACAGAGGAGGGCAUUCACAACAGCAUGGACAUUCUCCAGACUCUGGACUUUUCUCUGGAGGAGCGUUUGGGUCUAGCUGAACUCACUCUGGCCCUGGACAAUGAGCUGCUGGUCAGCGGAAAUGGCGUCCAUCAGGCUGCUCUGGUCUCCUACAAGAAUGAGAUAAACUACUUACAAGUCCUGGCAGACCAGGCCUGUCAGGAGAGGGACAAGGUCAAGGCUGACCUGGAACUGGCUGACCGCCGCAACCUGCAGCUGGUCCGAGAGGUGGAUGAUCGCCAUGCCACCAUAGAGUCUCUUAAUGAAUCUAAAAUCAAAGGUCUGGAGCAGGAGUUUCGGGGUAAGCUUGCAGCACUGAGGAGUGAUUUGGAGUAUGAGAGCGAGGUGCUUCUAGAGCAGGUAGAGGAGGAACGGGAGAGGCUCCGAGAGGAGCUGCAGCUGCUCAGGGCUCAGGAUGCAAGCCUACAGGAGGACGUUUGCACUGCUGCCAAGGAGAACAGUCGUUUGGAGGAGGAGGUCCAUCUUCUGAAGGAAAAGCUCUCUGAAGCAGAGAGCACCAUCUCUAAACUAGAGAAAGAUCUAGACCACCUGCUGCAGGACAAGUAUGAUGGCCUUGAUCCAAAUGGCACAGGACUGCUAAAUCAAGAAGAGCACUUCUCAGAGAUCAUUAAGGAGUUCGAGCAGAAGUGCAGGGAGCUGCAAGACAGGAACGAUGAGUUGCAUUCAGAGCUGGAGUUGAAGUCUCGGGGCUCAGGGAUUAGAACCAAACAAUCAAGGGACAGCCUCUCUGGUCAUACCUGGUCCAGCCAAAGAGCUUUAACCACUGAAUCAGAUUCUGAUGAUCCUGAAAUGAAGAGUGGUACAUCUCCUCAGGUCAGAAAAAAGCUCCAGGUCACUAACAAAAGUGCCUUUGGUUCCUUGGAAAGUUUGGCUCCCCCUGUGAGCAUUGAGACCGAACUUGCCAUGGAGAAGCUGAAAGAAAGAUACGUGCAGGAAGUUCAAGAUUUGAAAAUCCAGCUGGAGUCUACGGUGAACUUCUAUGAGCGCAGUAUGGAGAUGAUGCGGCUGCAUAUGGAGCUUGAGCAAAAGGACACCUCACAGAGCUUUAAGAUUGAGAUCAGUGAAAUGGAAGACCAGAAAUCCCAGGCAGAUGAGCGGGCAAAGCAGAUGCGACAGGCUUUGGAAAGCCUGGAAGCUGAGCUGAGGGGUAGGACUGCAGGAGUCUGGGAUCCUGAGCAGGUGUGGUGCGUUCAACGCAAGCAGGCCGACCUGGAGCAGAACUACGAUCGUGAGAACAGUAACCUCGUACUACGCCUCACCUCGGAGAAAUAUCAGCUGGAGGCAGAACUCAAGCUGAAGAUGGACCAAGAAUUGCUGCUUGUUCAGGCAAAACUUGAUGUGUUCAACUCUGAAAAUUGUGCACUGAAAGAUCAGCUUGCCGUCUUACAGCAGGAUGUCAAGUUGCUUGAAGAUGAGGUGAACAAAAAGAGAAGAACAAUUGAGGAGACUGAGAGCGACCAUAUGAAGCAUCGAGAAGAGGAAGAAAGGCUUCACAAAGAGAAUUCCAAAUGUCGAGAAGAGAUCCUUGAUCUCAGUGCAAGAAACCUGAAGCUUAGCAGCGAGAAUGCUGAACUGAGCUCCCGGCUCUGUAAUGAUCAAAGAGCGCUCCAGACGCUGACUGACAGGCUAACACAGUUGUGUCAGGACAAUAAGACAGCUGCCUCUCACAGACAGCUGCAGCAAACUCUACAUAAAGAGGAGAGUGAGACACUACAGCUCCAGGAACCAUGGCAGAAACUGGAAAAGCUUCAGGAAUCUCUCAGCAACUCUAAAACCCAAAUAGAACAUCUCAACUCCCAGCUCUUGUCUAUGUGGCAAGAAAAGGAUUUUCACACCAAGGAGAUGGCUACACACAAAAAUAUGCUGCAACAAUCUCAGGAAAAGGUCCAGGAGCUUGAAGACAACAUGAAUCAGCUGCGUGAAGAGAGAGAACAGUUACAUCAGACCCACAGUCUUCAGGAGAUGUGCAAGAGCUUGCGAGUACAGAAUGAGGAGCUUCUUAAAAAGCUGCAGACUCAGGAGCUGGAACUUCAGAGGCUGGUACAUGAGUGCCACAUUUUAAGGAACAAACAGGCAGAGCUAGAGAGUGCUAAUCAAGAGGCAAUCGAACAGACACUAAGGGCAGACAGCGCUCUGUCACUGAUCCAGGCUCAGCAUACAUGUGAGGUGCAGGAGCUGCGAGAACAGGUGGGGUCUGGCACCCGGGAGCACCUGGCCCACCUGCAGACCCAACUGGCCGAGCAGCAGCGCAGGACGCGAGACCUAGAAGAUCUGCUUCGAUCUCAGGCCAAGCAAGCCAAUGUUCAGUUGGGCCUUCUGCAGGAGCAGUACAAGACAUUGAUGGGGAACAUGCAGGAGCGCAUGAAUGAGGUCGAAACCAUGUUGAAAAACACCCGCAUGAUGCUACAGGAGAAAGUCAGACAACGAAAAGAACAGCUGGCCAAAAAUGCCAAGUCAGAUCUACUGCUGAAAGACCUCUAUGUGGAGAACUCCCAGCUCAUAAAUGCGCUACAGGUGACCGAGCAAAGGCAGAAAAGUGCAGAGAAGAAAUCCUUCCUCCUAGAGGAGAAAGUGAUCGCCCUUAAUAAACUGCUACGUAAAAUUGCCACAUCAUCCCUCACUGCUUAAGAACAAUUUCCCUUCAUUCAAUUCCAGUGCCUUUACCUGUUGCACUGGACCGUUAAGUCCAAACCUAUUGCACUUUUGUGUUUUGGUGUGAAAUAAUUUUUGUAAAAGCAGGAAGCUAUCCUAGUGUUAAAUGGAAGGCACAAAUAAUGCAAGUCCUACAUGUUUUAUUUUCAACAGUGAAAAGACCUUAAAGCUUGGAACAACUUUAGAAUUUGUCCUUUUGUAGAGUUAAAUGAAUAGUAGUGAACAAGAUCUUUGCAGUAUGAAUAAGGUUGAUUGUCAAGCACAGAACAUUUUACAAGUUUACAAAUUCCAUUUGUUUGAUUACUGUGAUGUAGGAUAUAAACUGCAAGUGUUAACUGUUGGAUCAAGUCAGGCUGUUAAGAAAAAACAGAAGCAUUAUAAGUUUAAAUGCCUGAUUAGGUGUGAUUAACCAAAAGCACACUAUUCAUACAAUGUAUAGUUUUGAGAGAAAUGCUUUCUUGAAAUUGCAAAUUUUCAGUCAUGAUGCACUAAUGUCCCCUUUGCUAUGAGCGGUCUGUAAUGCGUACUGAUUUGAGUAGUUAUUUGAUUUCUCAAAUCAGUAAUCUAAAUUGAUCAACUGAAGAAGAAUAAACUGAAGACAUGUACAUCUUUUUCUUGGAUGACAUGCUCUAUUACACCCUAGCGAAUAAGCUGCUCACAUUUCCAUCUGGGAAAAAAGUCCUUUGAAAAAGAGACUAAAUUAGGGGUAGAAUGUGUUUAGCAGCAUACAAAACAUUCAGUGUAGGCUAAUUUUAUACAUGCUGUUAAGAAUAUAAUUACCUGGCUAUUUUUCUUCAGAAAAUAAUCAUUUAAAAUUCUCCAUGGACUUUUAGACAAGGCAACAUCAGUCGCAUGUUCCCAUAGUUAGCAAUACUAAAUGGUUGAAUCUCACAGAAAGGGAAAUAAAUUAUCAAAUUAAACUUUGCAUUAUUAAAGGAAUAUUUCACCCAAAAAAGAACAUUCUCUCAUCAUUUACUCACCCUCAUGCUAUUUCAGAUGUGAAUGAUUUACUACUUUAGAACGCACAGAUUUUUGUAUUUGUGACGAGCAGCAGCUGGUGGAGUUUCUGGUGCCCCAUCGGGAGUACUUAUGCAGGCUGUGUAAUAUGCGUAUAGGGAGCAGCAGAACCGGUCAGUAAUACUAUUAUUGAAGACCAACAAUACCAAGAAAUGCACUAUGUAGUCAGGUGGUCCCAAACCACAUCCUUCACAGUUUUAGUAAUAAAUGAAUGGAGUUAAUAAAAUGUGUAUACCUUUCCAGACUCAUGAUUUCUAAAAAAUAUAAUUCUUCUAUUUCUUUGAUUAUCUUCUUUAUGUACAUGUGUUUGUUUACAUGUAUUUUUACUUUUAUUGUUUCUCACUUCACCUGUACUUUAUGGCUCAGUGAUUGUUUUCCUACAUUGCUGGAUCUGUGUGAUUUUGUUCAUCUUAUUGAACAUGUACACUGUUUGCCAAAGGUUUGGAAUAAUGUACAGAUUUUGCUCUUAUGGAAGGAAAUUGGUACUUUUAGUCACCAAAGUGAAAUUCAACUGAUCACAAUGUAUAUGCAGGACAUUAAAAAUUAGAAAAAUAUUAAAUAUUUUUUUCAAAACUUCUAUUCAAAGAGUUCUCCUCACAAAAUCCUCCAUGUGCAGCAAUGACGGCUUUGCAAGUCCUUGACAUUCCAGCUGUCAGUUUGUCCAGAUCCAGUCCACACUUCCUGUAGCACUUGCCAUAGAUGUGCUUUUUCUUUGCAAUUCAUCACAUAAGUCCUGCACCCCUGAGUCUUCUCUUUACUGUUGUACAAACUGGUGUUGAGCAGGUAGAAUUCAAUGAAGCUGUCAGCUGAGCACAUGUGAGGUGUCUAUUUCUCAAACUAGAGACUCUGAUGUACUUAUCCUCUUGUUUAGUUGUACAUCUGAACUUCCACAUUAAAUUAAAUCGAUUAAUUAUUUGCUAAAUACAAAAC